AUGCCAAGAGGCGAAUCGACAUCAGUUGGUAAAAAUAAAUUACGUCUCACUUUACCACAGGUACCAAAAGAGUUCGUGGAACACAGUGAUAAUGAAAAUGGUAUCCUAGAUGUAUGUAUCGAAUCUUUAGAAAAAGACUUGGAACAACUUGAUUGUACCGAUAAACAGAAAGAUCGGAUGGAAGAAUUUUUCAAUUCAAAACGUGCUAUGGGAGAAUUAAAACAUGAUGAUCUUGUCAAUAUAUGUGAAUUAGGCCAAGGAAAUGGAGGUAUUGUUUGGAAAGGAAUCUACUUAGAAGUUAAGCCAGCAGUGAAAAAUCAAAUCGUUCGAGAACUCAAAGUACUUGAUCGAUGUAAUUCGCCGUAUAUUGUUGGAUUUUAUGGAACGUUUGCAGCUGAAGGUCAAAUUAAUAUUUGUAUGGAAUAUAUGGACGGUGGCUCAUUAGAUUUAAUUUUGAAGAAAGUCAUGCGAAUUCCAGAACAUAUUCUUGGUAAAAUUACUGUUGCUGUUCUUCGUGGUUUAAGUUAUUUGCGAGAACAUCAUCGAAUUAUGCAUCGAGAUAUCAAACCAUCAAAUAUUCUUGUUAAUCAUCAAGGAGAAAUAAAAUUAUGUGAUUUUGGUGUUAGCGCACAAUUAAUUAAUUCGACAUUACAAACAUUUAUUGGUACUCGUUCGUAUAUGUCUCCUGAAAGACUUGAAGGUGCUCAUUAUGGAAUAAUGAGUGAUAUAUGGUCAUUAGGUCUUUCACUUGUUGAAAUGGCUCUUGGUCGAUAUCCGAUUCCACCACCAUCAAUAGAAGAUAUUGAUAGAUUAUUUGACGUAGAUCCCUACGGAAAUCAAUCAAGACUAGAAGGAUAUGGCUGUUAUAAAGUUUUAGCAAUAUUUGAAUUGAUGGAAUGGAUUGUUAAUGAAGCACCACCAUCAUUACCACAAAAACAUUUUUCUCCUGAAUUUUGUGAUCUUAUUGAUCGUUGUUUAAAAAAAAGCACAACAGAACGAGCUGAUUUAAAUACACUUUUGCAUCAUCCAUUUUAUAAACGAUAUGCAACAGAGAGUGAUAAUCAAGAUGUUUCUCUGUGGAUAGAGCAAGUAUAUCAAAAAGAUCAAAGCCUAACAAAUGACAAUAAUAAUAACCAAUAUGGUAGAAGUUAA